AUGUACAUCACCCUCUACUACAUAGUCACCCGGCUCCCUGACUCUCUCCGCGUAGUCAGGGACCACUUCGUCUCAGUUUGCCCCUCCACUCACACCGUUGCCCUCCUCGAGAAGGGCCUCCUAGUAGUAGAGAAAAGCAUAGUCCUUGUAGGAGCCUCUCGUGGUGGCCCUCGCACCCCCGUCUUUGAGGGGUGUUCCCCCUCCCCCCUCUUGCCCUCUGUUGCUUCUACUGCUGCGGCCGACCUCGUUGGUUUUGAGUCGGUUGGCGCUGCGUCUGCCCCUAGCGGGGGACGUUGCACCGGCAAGGGCAAGGGAGGCAAGGGCGCUGGAGGGGCUGGCGGGGGCGGUGGAGGUGGUGGUGGAGGCAGUGGAGGGGGUGGCGGUGGUGGUGGGAGUGGUGGCGGGGGUGGCGGCAGCGGCGGCAGCGGUGGAGGCGGAGGAGGCGCCGGUGGUGGCGGAGGGAGCGAAGGCGGCGGAGGUGGCGGAGGAGGCGGAGAAGGAGGAGGCGGCGGAGGCGGCGGCGGCAGCGGUGGUGGAGCGAGUCGCAACUCUGCGCAGAGGAGUGGCGCGGUGGGGGUACUGGACCCUGCACUUACGUCCUCAGUAACAGCGACCGAGCUGGUGAGCAGUGCGGGGGGGGCGCACUCCACCCAGCGCUGCUUCGGUUGCCUGACGGACGCGUGGCGUCGCCAGUUCCCUGAGGCGUUAGAGAUCCCUCGCUGGGGAGAUCUAACUAGGGCGGGGGUUGCCAUCUUUGAUCUUGACUAUGAUGCUAUCCUUGCUGCCAUGUAUGUUGUAACUACUAGUGUUGAGGGUGACUGUUACGUGUGUGUACCGCCUGACCCGGGCAUUGAGACAACUGCUCUAGGUGCUGGUGAGGCUACUGCUCUAGGUGCUAGUGCGUGUGCUGCCCCAGGGGCUAGUGUGUCAGCUGCCCUAGGUGCUGGUGAGUCUGCUCUCUCAGGUACUACGUGGGCUCAAGCCUUCCACACCUUCAUCCUUCACUCGCAUGUGUCCCGCUCCUUCUUUCGAGACCGCACCACUCUUACGCCGCUCAGUCGGCCGGUUGCAGUCUCCCUUGCGGACCCCUCUGGGGGUACUAUCCUUGCUAGCUUCUCCACUGUCUUACUGUGCUCGGUAGCCCCCUCUAGCACCCUGUCAAGUCUCUACCUCCCCUCGUUCUCUACGAACUUGGUGAGUGGAGCGGACAUACAGGAUAGGGGGGUUGAUCAGUUCACUCCUGCGAGUCAGCGGGUGACCCACUUCACGUGUGCUCGGCCAGGCCGACACUUGGCCACGUUCACCCGUCGGCCGGGGUCGAGCCUGUACACCCUUACUACAAAGUCUCCUCCUGCUGCUGAGUCUGCCCAGGUAGCUGCGUCGAGUCCGGUGUUUGCUGCAGCGUCCAGGUUUGGUCCUGAGUCUGCUCCCUGCUCGUGUCGUCUCCUGUCCCACCAUACUCUCCUCUGGCACCACCACCUUGGUAACCCCUCCCUGCCUCGUCUCCGAGGCAUGGCCUCCCAUGUCCUUGUCUCUGGUCUCCCUCAGUCUCUCCCUCCCCUACCUCCGGGGCCAGGCCAUACCUGCGUCCCCUGCGUCGAGGGGCAACAGCGCGCCCCCCCUCACUCCUCCGAGUUUCCUCCGAUAGAGGCUCCGCUACAGACCCUCCACAUGGACGUGUGGGGCCCUGCCCGCGUUCGUGGACAUGGGCACGAGCGUUACUUCCUGUUGGUGGUUGACGACUACUCGCGUUACACCACAGUCUUCCCCUUGCGCAGCAAGGGUGACGUCCCUGAGGUGUUGAUAGACUGGAUCCGCGCAGCUCAUCUCCUGCUCAGAGAGAGUUUCGGCUCGGACUUUCCUGUCCUGCGUCUGCACUCGGAGAGAGGCGGGAAGUUUUCCUCUGCCCGUCUGGGAGCCUUCUGUCGUGCACAGGGCAUCCGCCAGACCUUCACGCUUCCGGCCUCUCCACAGUAA